AGGACUACACCAGAGAUAACUAUAUUAGGAACAACUUCACCACAAACAACCACACCAGGGGAAACUACAUCACGAGCAACUAUACUAGAGGCAACUAUACCACAAGCAACUACACCAUGGGCAAUUACACCAUCAAUAAUGGGAUA